AUGAGCUUAGAUAAAAAGGGAGCUCAAGCUGAAAUAGCGAGGUGUGCACCCGAUGCAAAGUAUCUAGGUUGUUGCCUUCAUUCGAUCAACCUCGUUAUCUGCCACGCUUGUAAAAUAAAGUCAACUCAGAACAUGAUGGAUUCUUUCCAUGAAUUAUUCAGUUUCUUUGAUAACUCCCCAAAGCGACAGAAAUUCUUAUCGAUCGUAAUUGACACCCUUUCCCCGGAGAAUAAGAAGCACAGGCCAAAAGAUUUGUGCAAGACGAGAUGGAUCGAGAGGCACUCCACGUCUGAAGCAAUUUUCGAAUUGUAUGAAUACAUUGUCAUUACGCUGAAUGAGAGAUGUGUACCCACAAAUGAUGACAAGCGGUUUUAUCCAAACAACCCAAUGGAUGCCAAAACUAAGAUAAUGGCAAAUGGACUGAGACAUAGUAUGAGAUGCUUCGGACAUAUUGUCGGCUUUAUUUGGGCUAAGGAGAUGCUAGAACCGAUACGGCCACUCGUCACGGCUCCGCAAGGCAGACAUGUAGAAGUAUUUUUUAGUUUCCAGAAAAUUGAAGAAGUGAUCAGUUCCUAUACAGGCAGAGAUAAGCAAAGUGAUCUACUCUUGGUUUUAACGUAUGUACGUGAAAGCUGUUUCGUAGUACAACUGGUGGGAUCGAUUGAAGGACGUCCACGUGUUUACAGCAGACAAAGACAUCGUGAAAACUAACCAGCAGAGUCAGAUGCACAAUACUGGAAGCGAACAGUAGCAAUAUCCUUCCUUGACGUCAUUUGCUCGGGGCUCAAAAGUCGCUUCAGCAGCGAAAAGAGGACACAUUACGAGCUAUGCACUCUAAUUCCUCGGGUCAUCGUUUCAAGAUCUGAAGAAACCACGGUGGAACGUGGUCAAAUACUAAUAAGAAGUGGAGCCAUCUGA